AUGUUGGCUGUCCAGAAUAUGAAACUUGGCAUCUUCCUUUUGUGGUGGGGAUGGAUUCUGGCUGCUGAGAGCACAGUGCACUGGCCGGGAAGAGAAGUUCAUGAGGCGUCUAGGAAAGGCAGCAGACCUCAGAGACAGAGACGAGGAGCACCCGACGAUGCUCACAAGCAAGGCAGCCCAAUUCUGAAACGAAGCUCCGACAUAACCAAGUCGCCUCUCACCAAGUCAGAGCAGCUACUGAGGAUAGAUGACCAUGAUUUCAGCAUGAGGCCUGGCUUCGGAGGCCCGGCUAUCCCCGUGGGUGUGGAUGUGCAGGUGGAAAGCUUGGACAGCAUCUCGGAGGUCGACAUGGACUUCACCAUGACCCUCUAUCUGAGGCACUAUUGGAAAGACGAGAGGCUGUCUUUUCCAAGCACGAACAAUCUGAGCAUGACAUUUGAUGGCCGGCUCGUAAAGAAGAUCUGGGUCCCUGACAUGUUCUUCGUGCACUCCAAACGCUCCUUCAUCCAUGACACCACCACAGACAACGUCAUGCUGCGAGUCCAGCCGGAUGGGAAAGUGUUGUACAGCCUCAGAGUUACGGUGACAGCGAUGUGCAACAUGGACUUCAGCAGGUUUCCACUGGACACGCAGACCUGCUCCCUAGAAAUCGAGAGCUACGCCUACACAGAAGAUGACCUCAUGCUAUACUGGAAAAAGGGCAAUGACUCCUUAAAGACAGAUGAGAGGAUCUCCCUCUCUCAGUUCCUCAUUCAAGAAUUCCACACCACCACAAAGCUGGCCUUCUACAGCAGUACAGGCUGGUACAACCGUCUGUACAUUAACUUCACUUUACGCCGUCACAUCUUCUUCUUCCUGCUCCAAACCUAUUUCCCCGCCACCCUCAUGGUCAUGCUGUCCUGGGUGUCCUUCUGGAUCGACCGCAGAGCUGUGCCUGCCAGAGUUCCCUUAGGCAUCACCACGGUGCUGACCAUGUCAACCAUCAUCACGGGCGUGAAUGCCUCCAUGCCCCGCGUGUCCUACAUCAAAGCCGUGGACAUCUACCUCUGGGUCAGCUUCGUGUUCGUGUUCCUCUCAGUGCUGGAGUACGCGGCUGUCAAUUACCUGACCACAGUGCAGGAGCGGAAGGAAAGGAAGCUACGGGAGAAGGUCUCCUGCAGCUGCGGACUGGCCCAGCCCCGGGCAGUAAUGCUGGAUGGCAGCUACAGUGACGGGGAGGUGAAUGACCUGAGCGGCUACAUGCCUGAGAAUGGCGAGAAACCCGACAGGAUGAUGGUGCAGCUGACCCUGGCCCCUGAGAGGGGCUCUCCCCAGAGGAAAAGCCAGAGAGGCAGUUACGUGAGCAUGAAGAUCAACACCCAUGCCAUCGAUAAAUACUCCAGGAUCAUCUUCCCAGCCGCUUACAUUCUAUUCAAUCUGAUAUACUGGUCGAUUUUCUCUUAG